CCUCCUCCUCUUCCUCCUCCUCCUCCGGCGCAGCCCUCUCCUCUCCUCCUCCGCUCCCCUCUCUCCCAGCCCAGCAGUCCUUCCCCAGCGCCGGUGAGCCCCGGGCCGCCCAUGAUGGGCUCCGUGCUCCCGGCUGAGGCCCUGGUGCUCAAGACAGGGCUGAAGGCGCCUGGGCUUGCGCUGGCCGAAGUCAUCACCUCCGACAUCCUGCACAGCUUUCUGUACGGCCGCUGGCGCAACGCGCUGGGAGAGCAGCUCCUGGAAGACAGGAGUCACCACACCAGCCCCAAGACGGCCUUCACCGCCGAGGUCCUGGCGCAGUCCUUCUCCGGCGAGGUGCAGAAACUGUCCAGCCUGGUGCUGCCAGUGGAGGUGAUCAUCGCUCAGAGCUCCAUCCCUGGCGAGGGCCUCGGCAUCUUCUCCAAAACGUGGAUCAAGGCGGGCACGGAGAUGGGCCCCUUCACCGGCCGUGUCAUCGCCCCCGAGCAUGUGGACAUCUGCAAGAACAACAACUUGAUGUGGGAGGUGUUCAAUGAGGACGGGACGGUGCGGUACUUCAUCGAUGCCAGCCAGGAGGACCACCGCAGCUGGAUGACCUACAUCAAGUGUGCCCGGAAUGAGCAGGAGCAAAACCUGGAGGUGGUCCAGAUCGGCACGAGCAUCUUCUACAAGGCCAUCGAGAUGAUCCCCCCGGACCAGGAACUGCUGGUGUGGUACGGAAACUCACACAACACCUUCCUGGGCAUCCCCGGGGUGCCGGGCCUGGAGGACGAGCAGAAGAAGAACAAACACGAGGACUUCCACCCGACGGUGUCGUCCUCCCCACCCCUGGGGGCCUCGCUUCCCGGCAUCUCUGCCCUCUGGUCGGGCGCGAGCUCUCACGCACGCGCGGACCUUCGGGAGCGCGCUGGGGCGCGUGCCCACGGCCUCAGUCUUUGA